AUGGAGGGAAAUCUUCGAUGGCAAAUUUUAAAUGAUUUGCCAAGCAUUCCGGCAAAGGAUCAACAGCAGACAGCCUGCCAAAGCUGCAGCGCUACACCACCGACCCAGCAAGUCACUGUGGUGUACGAGCCUACAUCUGGACGAAGGGUCCAUGUGGAUUUAUGUCUACCUCACCAAGCACUUACCUACAGGGUUCCCCGCGCUCUGGAGUCCCCGCAGGCCUAUUGUUUACCCACCGGGAAUGGUGAAAACCCUGGACAUGGGGCAAAAGAGCCCAUCAAGACCCGAGCUGGAGGAGAUGGAACUGUGUAUGGGACUCUGUACUCCUGCAUAAAGCCAAGCUUCAUUCUCAUCAGGGUGUGAGGGUGCGAAGCAGAUCAGUUACUGAUACAGAGACUGCCUACCUGCUGUGGGCCAUAUGUGGGGUUGAUUGACUCCUGGUUAUCAUUGAUAUCAGCUAUUUUGGCAGACAUUUCAGACCCAUGAUGACAAAUAAGCCUUUAUUUUAUUUUAUGCCAUACUAGCACUUUUCUUUUCUGUUUAGCACCUUAUAGCAUCUCUAGUACUCCACAUGACAGCUAAUAUAGCAAGUUACAUACCCAACCAUUCUCACACACCAUAUCGUGUCCUCUCACUAGUGUACUGCGCUCUAUACACAAGCAGUAAAGUACCCUUAUAGUUUAUUGCGACCCAGUGGUUCUCACAAUAUGAAACUCGUAUGUCUAAACGCUAUGCAAUAAUUAUUUGUCUGGUUUCUAAUAAUUAUUUGUCUUAUUGCUAAGACACAUUUGCCUUUCUGAUUACUAAUAUUCCAAAAAUGUGCCAAUUUUCCAAAUGCCAUGUUGUUCUUAUGUUGACAAGGGUAUGUUUGCCACUACUGUUGUGGCAUUGCAGGCAUCACUGUACUAAUCUGCACAGCAAAAAUUAAGAAUACAAAAAAAUAAAAACAUGCACAGCAGGUCAGCAAUACAAAAAGCAUAAUACAACUACAUACGAAGGGGAUGAGAAAGAAAACUAGGAAAACAAUUCCACACGAGACACACGCUUUACGAGCAGUGGAGACAGUUACCGUCUUGCAGUUCUCGUUGCUCUCCAACACCUUCACUGACGGAGCUGAGAGUACGCACAUGCCGGCCAAUAUUUUAUCAAAUUCCUUGUUAGAAAUGUUGAUAAACCAGGCCUCGACUAGGACUGAAUGUCCUUAUUGUCCUUUUUAGUUUUUAGCAUGAUCCUAGCGAGACCCGUUCUUGUAGGUCUGAGGCCAUUUAAUGUAAUAAUGGUACAUGUAACUCGUUUAUGGACCACACCCCUCCAUGCGGAUAGUUCUCCUCUUUAUUAAUAAUAUUAAUAGUGGUAUUUCCCUUGCGCAAUAUAUUAUUCAACUUUCAAUUAUGGCUUUUUUUGUUUGGAGUUACUGUGAAUUACCGCUCUGUGUCUAAUCCAACCUGAUUAACCAUUUCUUCUCCGUUACAUUGUGAAAUGACUGUAUGUCUGUGUACCCUGUGUGUACCUUAAUACACCACGAAGAUAGGUGGUGCUUCUUUAAAACUAUUUUCUUAAUGAAAAACAAGUGAGAUUUCCCCCCUCGCUGGUAAUGAGAUGGUUACACGGAGAAUAUUAAGAAUGGAAUUCCUCGGUGUAAUCUUGUUUCUAUUUGUUUAGGAAUUGAAGCAUUUGCAGAAGUUUUGCCCGGUCUCUUAUGAGACCUUAAUACAUAGCAGAAUGUUGUGUUGUUUUCUGGAAUAAAUUUACUAAAAUCAAAAUGUUAAUGUUGUAAGUUCUCUACAUUUGGUUUAGUGAAUUCUAUGAUGGCAGUAAUAUAAAUAAUAGGUAUAUAUCUCCACCUGGUGGACACUUUUAAUAUAAACCUAUUAUUUUAAUAUUAUAAACCCAGUAUGACUAACUGUAACCUAACGUGUGUGGGAGCCUGGAG